AUGGAUCGCUUGAAAAACGUGGCCAAAGGCGGCUGGCAUCCAGAGAAGACUGCAGCGGCCAACUCGGGCGGAGGUUCGAGCGACAGAAAAGCCCAAGGGAAAGACUCUCAUGCCGAGGCCGCUCGUGAACACCAGUCAACCCCGCUGUCUUCCCUCAAAGACCCUUCGACAUUCGCUCCUCCACCAAAGCGGCUCGCCUACGGUGCGUCUGCCGCUACAGGUUCAUCUUCCGCUGUUCCGCCCGUCUCUGCAAAGCAAAAUCCCCAGGAGAAGGAGGAAGUAAGAAGGAGGGCAGAAGAAGAGGCGAAUCGGCCUCCGUCAGGACCGUACAGACCUGAUACGACAGGGCUCGAUACAUCACACCUGCCAAAACCGCCUAUCUUUAGACCAAACAAUGGCUCUCCUCCUGUGCCUCCUUCGAGACCAAAGCCCAGCUUACCGCCGCGACUACCGCCCCGCCAAAACUCGAAUCCCGAUGUGAACGCGCCGCUUCCCCCGCCUACCUAUAAUGAGGCCACACAGCAAGGAACGCCCUCCCAAGGCAUCCUGAAUCAGGGAGCUUUGAACCGACUGGGUCAGGCUGGAAUAUCAGUCCCUGGUUUCGGCAUUGGUAGAACGGCGUCACCACCUGUACCACCUCGACAGAAGUCUGUGUCAGAUGCACCAACACCGCCGCCAGUGUCCUCUGGACAGGGAUCGCAGAUGAAUGAGCUGCAAAACAGAUUUGCACAGAUGUCAACCACCACUCCUCCGGCCGCAGCUCCUGCGACCGGCACAUCAUGGGCUGAUAAGCAGGCAGCGCUACGGACAGCAAGCAAGCUUCGUGAAGAUCCCUCCAAGGUCAACGCUACUGAUCUUAGAGGCGCUGCGGCGACCGCCCAUAACUUUCAGCAAAGACAUGGAGACCAGGUUGCUAGUGGAUGGAAGGCUGCUACUGGACUCAAUUCACAAUACAAUAUUGCAGGCAAGGUGAACAGCUUCGCGUCGUCGAGCGCAACCUCGCCCGCGCCCCAACCGCCCACGCAAGUUGGAUUGGGUGAGCUAGGCAAAAAGGCGGCUCCACCUCCUCCGCCCAAGAAGAAGGAGCUGGCAGGAGGGCCGGGCAACCCACCGCCAAUCCCUUUGAGCAGUAAACCCAAAUUUUAG